AUGGCGCGGUGGUUGUCAUUCUUUGCAGAAUACAACUUUACGGUCGAGUACAAACCAGGACGACUUAAUGUCGUCGCUGAUGCACUCUCACGUCGUCCCGACUUUGAACCAGUCGCGAAACCCAACAGUGAGACAGUCACUGUUGCGGUUAUGACGUCCUCAGUUCCAUCUACAACGUUGUAUGAUGAUGUGAGGCGGGCAUACGCCCAAGAUGCCGUUUCUGGUGACACACCACGUGUUGUCAUUCCAGAUGAUACUGAUCUGCGUUUGCGGAUCAUGUUCGAGUAUCACGAUGCUCCUAUAGGAGGACAUCGUGGCCGAGAGAAAACGUAUCUCACGGUGAGUCGAGACUUUUACUGUCCCCGCCAGUAUCAGUUUGUGCGAAAGUAUGUUCGCGCAUGCGAAGUCUGCCAACGAGUGAAGUCAAGUCCUUCACUGCGUGCACCUUUACAGCCUCUACCGGUUCCGGCUGAGUGCUGGGAAUCCAUCUCAAUGGAUUUCGUCUUCGGGUUACCCAAAGACGCACGCGGGAAUACGGGUAUUCUCGUAUUUGUUGACAGAUUCAGCAAAAUGGUACACCUUGUGGCUGUACCAGAGACAAUCACGGCAAGUGGCUGUGCUUGUGUCUUUAUUGACACCAUCUUCCGACUUCAUGGGUUGCCCCGUGAACUCGUAUCAGACAGAGAUCCACGAUUCACUGCUGAUUUCUGGCGUUCCGUGUUCAAAUCACUCGGAACGCGCUUGAAGAUGUCAACAUGUGAUCAUCCAGAGUCAGAUGGUCAGACGGAACGUGCCAAUCGUGUCCUCGAAGAGAUACUUCGAGGAUACGUACACUCCUUUAAGAGUUGGAGUGAGUUUUUGCCGAUGGUAGAGUUUGCCAUCAACAACUCGGUGCAUGCGUCCACGACACAUACACCGUUUUACGUGAAUGGCUUGCGCCAUCCGCGUGUACCCACCUUACUAGAGUGUAACUCUGGUUUAAGGGGGGGAGGGACUCGCGCGAGCAAAAACCGAUUUGGUUCACGCUCAUCACGCUCUGACGAAGAAGUCAUUGCGUUUGAUGCCGAUAUCGAUAACAUCAAUAUCGAAGAAGAUGAUGCCAGUGAGAGUGCGGAAGCCCUCACUGAAGACAAUGAUCCCAGUGAGAGUGCGGAAGCCCUCACUGAAGAAAAGGUUGUUGUCGCUGCAGUGCGCUCACAGCACACUGAAGCUAACGAGUCAUCAGAUGAGUUCAUACUGGCUCGUGAAACGGUAGUCCGUUUUGUGCAAGACUCCAUCGCCGAAGCGGUGACUUAG